AUGGUUUCAGGGUCCGAAAUCUCAAGCAGUCUUUUGGAAGUAGCUCGCAAAUAUGGGCCAUGCUCACCACUGAAGGAAGGACAAACAAAAAUUCCUACCCUUAGCCAGAUUCUCAUCGACGACCAAACUCGAGUCAACUCCAUCCAUUCCACAAUCACCAACCAACAGCCACAGGUAUCAGAUUCUACCGUAGCACUUCCUGCCAACUCCGGUGCUUCCCUAGGGACUGGAAACUUUGUUGUCAGGAUUGGAUUAGGAACACCACAGCAAAACUUCACAGUAGAAUUCGAUACUGGUAGUGAUCUAACUUGGAUCCAAUGCCAACCAUGCUCUGGCCAAUGCUAUACCCAACUAGAUCCCUACUUCAACCCUUCUGCUUCCUUUACCUAUUCCAAUGUCCCAUGUAUCUCCAGUACAUGCUCACUACUUAAAUCAACAGGCUACGGACAGUCAUCCUGCACAACCAGUUGCCUCUAUCAGGUCACAUAUGGUGAUGGAUCCACCUCUCAAGGCUACUUUUCAAACGAUACUCUAACACUAUCCUCCUCUGAUGUCUUCUCCAAUUUCGAAUUCGGGUGUGGUGAGAAUACCCAAGGCCUAUUUGGUACUUCAGAUGGAUUACUAGGCCUUGGUCGCAAUCCGAUCUCUAUAGUAUCACAGACUUCUCAAACGUAUGGAAAGAAUUUCUCCUAUUGUCUUCCAUCCGCAACCACCUCCACUGGUUUUCUUGCUUUUGGUAGCCAAGCAACUGCCCCUUCUAAUACUCAAUACACUCCAUUACUAACAUAUUCGAAUUACCCCUCUUUCUAUUUCCUAAAUAUGACGGGUAUAGUUGUUAAUGGGCAGAGUCUAAAUAUCUCAGAAUCAGUAUUUACAACUUCAGGAACCAUUAUAGACUCUGGAACUGUCAUCACUAGGUUGGCACCAACAGCUUUUUCAGCUCUUAAGUUAGCAUUUCAACAAGCAAUGUCUAACUAUCCUACAGCACCAGCUUAUUCAAUACUAGAUACAUGUUAUAACUUCGCUGGAUACAGUAUAGUAACAGUACCAACCAUAGUGUUGCAAUUUGGAGGAGGUACUGACUUGAAUGUGGAUGUGUCUGGGAUUCUAGUUCAAGCGAGCUCAACUCAAUAUUGCUUGGCUUUUGCCGGAAACAGUGCUGCUACCAAUUUCGGGAUCCUUGGAAAUAUGCAACAGCAUACAUAUGAGGUGGUUUAUAAUGUUUUAGGAGGAAAGCUGGGAUUUGGCAGUGGAGCUUGUACUUAA